AGAUCGGGACUAGACGACGGCCAGUCUUCAGCUCUGAUGAAGUCCGAAACGUUCGUUUCCAACCAAGACUGCGUAGACCGAGCUUUAUGACCUGGCGCCGAGUCUUGCUGGAAGGACCAUUUUUGAUUAUUGAACAUGGUGUUGUUAAGGGGCUUCACUACCUUGUCAAGAAUGGUAUCUUGAUACACUUGUGCUGAUGUUUUGAUACCUUUUUCACAAAAGUAUGGAUCAGUCACUCCUUCAUAGCUAAUAACCCACCAAACCAUCACUGAAGUCGGAUAGUGCCCACGUUGCACUCUGUCAACUAAUUAGGAAGCUUCCUUAGAGCUUUGAGCAUAAACACGGUCAUUUUGUUUGUUAAAAUGUUGCUCAAUUGUAAAAAAAUUCUCAUCCGUAUACAUUUUUUUCUAUGACCUCCCUUUGCGUACCGCUUCAGUAGUUGUUUCGACUUUACCACCCUAUUCUCUUUUAAAUUAUCAGUUAAGAAAUGACCAGUACGUCUCUUAUAGGCUGCAAGUCCUAAGUCAUCUUUUAAAAUACGCGACAUGGUUCUAGGUGUUAUGUUCAUCUCCCGAGAUAAAAUCUUUUGCUUUCGGACAGGAUUUCUUCGAAUUCUUUCCCUUACUGCUUUGACCACCUUUUUCUUACGAACACUACGUGGACCGCCAGAUCUUUUUCUGUCACAAACAGAGGAGGUCUCAUUGCACCUAUUAAUAGCCCGGUACACAAGCAUUUUACUAAUACCAAGCGUAUGGAGAGUUUUAAAAAUUGCAUUUGGCUCCAUACCUACUUUGUGUAAUGCAAUCAUAGCGAUUCGGUUCUCUUUAUCACCCCACUCCAUUUUAAUAUCGCAAAAUAUUGUACAAUGUAUUGGCGCCAAAAUGAGAAAACUCAAUGAGCAAUCAUAUAAAAAUGACAGAUUCCAAAUUCAAAUGUAAUAUUUUGUUUAUUUUUAAUUGUAACAGUAUUUAUGGCCAGACUAAGUAUAAACAUACCUAUAAAAAGUAGCUGAUAUAGUGAUCAUGCUACAAAAAUGGACAUUUCACCCCGAACCUUCUUGUCGUUCGAAAUAUCAUUAGUUUAUAUUAACUCGUCACUACAUUGUUCAGCUAGGAACCUUACAUUUACACCUGACAUUUAUGAAUAACAUUCUUGAACGCAGUUUCGAUGGUAAAGAAGAAGAAUCGAAAUGUAAAUCCGUAAAAAGUCAAACGAUACAGAUCGGGUGGGAUCGAAUUUUCAGUGUCAAACUAUUAGGGACUGCGAAUAUAUCAAUCAAAGCACCACACGUAAACCAAUCAGCACAGAAACUGAGUAAAUGUAAGUUGAAUCAAAGUGGGAAUGUUGGCAGUCGGAUGUUCUCACAGAUUGGCACUUUUAAAAACAAUUAUUGUAAAUAUAAUAUGCAAGUCGUAUUUUAUUUAUAUAUUUUUAAAUAUAAUUAAAUUGAUUACUGUUACUAGAAUUAUUUAGCAAUACCCUGGUACAAUUAUUCUUAAAUUAUAUAUGCUCUUAACCACCACCUGAUACCAAUUGGACAACAUUUGACUACAACUGAUUACUUCUUUCAAUAGUUAUAAACAUUAUAGAAUGAACGAAUUAAACCAAUAAUGAAAGAAUGAAAAUAUUCUAAUUACAAUAUGCGGCCCGGAUCAUAACGGGACAAGGCAUUCGUUUGAAAGGGCGAAUUGCCAAUUUAAAGUCAAAUUUGAACAUGAAAUUGUGUGUGCCGCAGUAACGAUAUUAUCGGGCACCUUACGUUCGUGAGUAUAAAUUAAGUUAUCUUCAAACAUGUGUUUAGGGCAUUUCGUUUCCUGCCUUUGUCAUUGUUUGGGUACAGUAGUAGUAGUAGUUUUAUUUAUCCAAAUGGAAAGGCAAAAGUGUCGUACCAUACAGCCUAAUCUUUUAUAUAUUUUUUUAUUUUAUGAAAUAUGAUACUAUGAAAUGAAAUGAAGUUGAUUAAUAAUAUGAAACAUGACAUGAUGGGAUACUUUUAUGCAAAAUGAUAAUAUGAAGUGAAAUGAAAUGAAGAUGAUUAAUUUGAGACAUCAAUCAACUGGGAUGAAAUUAAAUGAAAUGAGAUGAGAUGAUAUGGGAUGAAAUAUAAUCUCAGUAAAAUGGUUGGUCAUUUACUGAGAUAUUUUCAGUGGACUUUUUGGAGGAUCCCGAGAAGUUACGUCCAGCGGCUUUGUUUCAUUUUCCCACAUUUGUGCACUGUCACAGAUAUUAAACAGUUAAUAAACCACCGUUAUUACACAUUUAAACCUGAAGAAACACUAAAUAGACAAAAUAAAACAAAUCACACAACUUCACUCCUCGCGUUCCCGCCAAAAAGUUCUGUUUGGGUACAUUAGGAAAAUAUAUGUAUACCUAAACAGAUUAUCUGACAUCUCUUUAUAUAUCUGUUAAAUAAAUUAAAAAAUGAUAGAAUGUGACGGACACGGUGGGGUGGCAUACCGCCUCCCCCUUCGAGCGCGAUGUCCUGCAGGAGUCUGUCCUGGGCCCCUUGCUGUGGAGCAUCGGCUUCGACUGGGCCCUACGAGGUCUCCUCCCCGGCCUGAGUGUAGUCUGCUUCGUUGGUCGUGGCUCCGGGGAGGGACUACCGAGAGUCUGCCCGUCUGGCUUGCGCAGGCGUGGCACUCGUCGUCACAAGGAUCCGAAGGUUGGGGCUCGAGGUGGCGCUCGACAAAACCCAGACCCUGCUUUUUCACGGGACGAGACGUGCGCCGCCACCGGGUGCCCACCUCGUGAUCGGAGGGGUUCGCAUCGGGGUCGGGGUGACCGGUCUCAAGUACCUCGGCCUCGAAUUGGAUAGUCCAUGGAACUUCCGCGCUCGUUUUAAAACGGCUCUUCGAGUCGGCUUCUUCCGAACGUCGGGGGUCCUAAUCAGUUAGUGUGCCGCCUAUACAUGGGGGUGGUGCGGUCGAUGGCACUUUACGCGUUCCUGUUUGGUGCCGCGCCCAGACCCGCGAGAAUGUCACUGUGCUGCGGUCCCUGGAUACCGCACCGGCUCCUACGAGGCGGCGUGCUUACUCGCCGGGGCGCCGGGACGCCACUUAUUUCAAUGGAGUUGAAGCCUCGACGUCAGUAUCAUAAGGAAUAUUGCGUUGCCUAUGAGCUGUAGUUAAUAGCUCCUUAAAUUGACCUUAAGGAGAAGACCGACCAAUGAACUCGUACUAAGCAAUGCGACUAUACCGACAUUAAAAUCUAAUAAGCAGCUAACAACUUUUCUAGUGAAAUACAUACAUACAUAACUCAUGUUCAUGAACAACUUGAACGAAGAAGGAAACCCUGCAAUAAAAAUUAAACUCGAAAAAAUUCUAAUUUACGCAAAUACCUCAGUUUCAAGGUCAGUGGUAACAUUCACUAUGUCAUAUUGGGUUCCGGUAACCAUUUAGCACUACGUAGGCAGUGAAUUCGUUUGCCCGUCUACGCAAUAGACCAAAAGAAAUUAUCUUUUUUUUUCUGCCUAUGCUGAUAGCCUUGAGAGGCUAUAUCAGCGUUACCCUACCGUGUAGGUGAGCUCUCGGGGCUCAAACCGGAGUGUUGCUAAUACUGGCCCUAGCAAGAGUAGUGCUUCGCAGAAUCUAUCACCGGAUCGGAAACUCGACCCACUGAGAAGAUCCGGUGAGAAACUCAGUGGACAGAAAUUACCGCUUAGAAAUUAACGUACAGACAUAAUGACGAAAACAAAGAUUUGUUAGUCGUCUUCAACGUUCAAUCAUCGCAUGAAAAGGUAGACGUUUUAAAAUAUUUUAAUAAUUUUUGGUCGCAACAAUGUACUGCGAUCGGACAGAUUUUGAUCUAAAUACUACAAAUCUCUACUACAAAAAAAAAAACAAUUGGGAAAUCCAAACGGGAAAUCAUAAAUUUUUAUAUAAUUGAAUUUUAUUCUAAACUGAUAUAUUGAUAAAUCGUAAAAAAAUUGAUGGAUUAUAUUUUUAUCGCGUUCAACACAUUCACACGUUGCGCUUGUGUAGUGUUUGUGAAUAAGCGCGCGGCGUGACGUCGCACUGCAUGCGCGUCAUAAAAAGUCUGCCCAUCUCUCUUUCGCGCGGUCUAGCGUGUGAGUGUGAAGGGGACAGUUAGUGUUUUGCUUUUGUUAAUGUUUAUAAAUAUAGCGUGGACUUAUUAUUGUUUUAAUAUUAUUUUUUUAUUGUAUAAUCAUAAUUCCAUACGUUGAUAAAAAAUGCUAUGCAAUUAGCUUUACCGCAGCAUUCCCCGAGUGCGACACGUGUUUUUUAAUAUUUUUUAAUAUUUUGAUUUUAAAACUGCAUAGUUUUGGUAUUUUUCUUAAUUUCUACAAUGGUUUUAACUUUGAACGAGUUGGUCAUAAACAUAAUUUUGUAUCACACGGACUGGGAAGCCAAAGAUGCUGUCCUAAACAAUAUAUUGUCAGAUUUGACUUGGUUUCUAAAAUUUGGGGGCGGAAUUGACGUUUCUAUAUCUGCUUUCUUUUUUUACUACCUAAGCUAUGCUAUAAGCUAACUAUGACCCCGUGUGUCGAGCUGUGCCAAUAAAAAUCAUACUUAACUAAAGCCGCAACAGAUAAAGGAUGGUGAAUUUUGCCUCUUUUUUUAUUGCUUAGAUGAGUGGACGAGCUCACAGCCCACCUGGUGUUAAGUAUAUACUGGAGCUCAUAGACAUCUAUAACGUAAAUGCGCCACCCACAUUGAGAUAAGUUCUAAGGUCUCAGUAUAUAUUAGUUACAACGGCUGCCCCACCCUUCAAACCGAAACGCAUUACUGCUUCACGGUAGAAAUAGGCGGGAUGGUGGUACCUAUCCGUGCGGACUCACAAGAGGCCCUAUACCACCAGCACACUAUUAUGCCUACUAUUAUGUCACCUAACAAAAUAAUAUUUAUUGAAUACACGUCUUCUUUUUCCACCAACAAUGCUAAUCUUUAAGACAUUAUUCGACUAAUUUAUUAAAAUAAAAUUUUAAGUCGCCGCAAGAACUGUCAAAUUCAUAAAAUCAUUUUGCAUGUGCAAUUUGCAUCUUUUUAUAUACAGUAUUUUUUCUUCGUUUUCUUAUUUCUUUCUUCGUUUUCUUAUUUCUUUCUCAUUUAGGAAACUAAUAGUACAAUAAGCAACAAGUAACGGUAGGCAGCGGCUUGGCUCUGCCCCUGCCAUUGCUGACGACCAUGAGCGACGGUAACCACUUACCAUCAGGCGGGCCGUAUGCUCGUCUGCCUGCUACGGAGGUUUAUACGGAACCAUUUAACUUUAACUUCUGCCCCGUAUCUUAUCAAUCAAUCACGGAUCAAGAUUUAAAUUAUUAUACGCAUAUAAACGAUACGAUAAUUAGCAUGCGAUAAGAUAUUAUUUGAUAUAAAACAAUCAAGUGCACGUCGACUUGUCAUCUUUAAGGAUUGUCACUAUGAAGGUGUUGCUAUUGAUUUUUUUGGGCGCGGUCUCGUUGGCGUCAGCGGGUCUUCUUCCAGCCAUGCUGCCCUACCAUGAUACGGUUGGAAUUCCUCUGGCAGAAAGUCUCAAGAAAUCGGAGGAAGCCCGAGACUUUGAUGGAUCUAGAAUUGUGAAUGGAAAUCUUGCUCGUUUGGGUGCUCACCCGUACAUGGUCGGUUUAGUCAUAGAAAUACGGGGCAGUGCUAAUUCAGUAUGCGGUUCAUCUAUGCUCAGUAACACGAGGUCUCUCACAGCUGCUCACUGUUGGUUUGAUGGAGUUAGACAAGCAUUAUCAUUCACAAUGGCCUUUGGAACAAUCACUGUUUUUACUGGAGGUGUUAGAGUGCGCACCACAAACGUACGGAUGCAUGAAAAUUGGGAUCCAAGAAAUUUAAUCAACGACAUAGCCGUAAUCACCCACAAUCGGGUGGGAUAUACCAAUGCUAUUCAGGCAAUAACUUUACCAUCUGGAUCUCUUCUUAACAACAAUUUCGUUGGAACCUCGGCACAGGUUUCCGGUUACGGAAGAACCGGUGACGGUUCUCAACACAACAUCAGACCAGAUCAAGCGAAGAGAGUGGCAACCGUCCGAGUUAUUACCAACAAUGAAUGUAGAAAUGUUUUUGGAUCUAUGGUCCGGGACACUAUUAUCUGUACAAGCGGAGCUGAAGGUCGUAAUAUCUGCGGCAGCGACUCUGGCGGACCUUUAUCCAUUGUCAACAAUAAUCGGAGAGUGUUGAUUGGCGUUGUAAUGUUUGGACAUCAUCGAUGCGAGUCUCGUAACCCUGGCGGGUAUUCUCGCGUCACUGCUUACAACAACUGGAUCCGGGCUAGAUUAUAAAUUUUAUUAGAAAAUCAUGAAUAAACAAGUACAUGCGAUUGCAAUAAACCACAAAA